AUGGUGUACGCUAUUAUUAUAAAAGAUGGCGAGUCAAAGAAGAAAGUUAGCAAAAGCAAACAACCCAUUUUGGGAAAAAAAGAAAAAAUCGAAAAGAAGAAAAGUACCAGUCUAUGCAAAAAAGGGGCCGCAAACUCCACAUACUGUUACAAGAACAAUCAGUAUUCAAUAUUAAACUAUUUUGACGUAAAAAAAAAAGAAAAAAAAAAAGACGAAGGGCAUAAAGAAGAAAGUACACCCAAGAAAAAUGUAGACACGUAUAUAGACAAUUUUUAUAGCAUCGACGAAUGCAAAAAUGACUCGAAACAGAACGGACAUCACAUCUUGACGUACAUAAAAUGGCUAUCUGAAGAAAAAAAAAAAGAAAAGGGAAAUAUGAAGGAGCACAUUUUAAAAUUACUAAUAUUGCUAAAAAAGGAGGACAUUUAUUUAAAAAGGUACUUCCCCAAGGUGUACAAUUUUGAGCAGAAGAGGAAACAAAAAGGAGAUACAAGCAGAAAAACAAAUUGUAAAGAAAAGAUUUACGUUAAUAAUAUUUACAAUAGGAAUGUCAAAAGGACAAAAUUUUAUUCCAACAUAGUGAAUGACGCUUUGUAUGAAUACAAGCUGACGUACUGCAAGGAAAACAGCUUAAUGACAUUUCACUAUUACGAUGGGCUUAGGAAAUCAUUCCAGCUUUCCAGCGGUACCUUCUUUUACCUCAUAUCGGAUGAUAAGAAUGUGUUUCGCCGUAGUGUCCUUAACAAUGAGGGGGCAGUUGAGCAGGACGACCUACUCCCCCACAAGAACAAUUACAUAUACACAUUUGAGCGGAACUGCGAAAAUAAGAUUAACGUCCAAAUAAUAGACGUUUUCAGCAAAACAAGGAAGACAGAAUUCUCCCUCGGGUAUAUGCCCCUUCGAGUAUUUUACCACAAUGAUCAUUUGUUUUUUGUAAAUUUGUUAAGUUCUACCAACGGACGGAAGUACUUCACAUACUCCAUCUACAAGAACAACGUGAAGGAAAAAAUUCGAGUGGUCUACUUGUCGGCGGUUCACCCGUUCUACACGAACAUACUUGUAGAAAGGAAGGUCUAUCCCUUUUUUCGGAAGUGCAAAUAUUUUCACCGUGAGGAGAGGGUUUUUAUGUGGACCGACCGGCUCUCGCAGGGAUCGUCACUCACCCACACGGCGGCAUUCCCACCGGAUUGUACCACUUCAUCCGAUGGCUCCUCCUCGGUUAGGGAACAGCCCUGCGAAACGCGGCUGAACCAAAUUCCAAACAUGAACAUCAUACAUAUCAACUCCAACGUGAACAUUUGCAUCGCGUUCGAAGAAAAUACGGAGACGUACUUCUUCUUUUACAUCCUCUACAAUGUGGUAAAGUACAACAAAAAAUACCUGAAGAAUUAUUUCAAGGCGGAGAAAGUGGACAAGUUUCUCCCUUUCCAGCACUUCCUUAGCAUUGAGAAAAAGCAAUUUUCUUACAAAAAAGAAACCUACAGAAAUAUCAAUUUUAAUACAGAAGCUUACAAACCACAACUUGUGAUCACCGCUGGAGGAAAUAAAAGCAUCCAAAGUAGAAUCAAAUUGUGUGUCUACGAUAAUGCCAAUAAUUUGCUAUUUCUUAUCCCAAUAUAUCACAAAUACGUGAAGGAUAAAAUUAAGGUUGUCCCCAAUGUGUUAAAUUUCACCACGGUUAAUAUAACAAGGGAUUUCUCCACCCUUAAGUACUACCCCUACAAUAUUUGUGCCUCCCUCAACAACCAAAUGAACACCACCCAUUUGGAGUGCAACCUGAAGGAACGAAAUUACGAUCACACCAUUGUUAACGUUUCUACUGGGGAAAAGAGGAUCCACUAUUUUAAGAAGCUCCUAAAGCAAAAGAGGGAAAUACUAAAGUGGAAAGGUGGCGAGACAGAGAGAAAGGAUUCAGAAAAGAACACACAGUUAAAUAGACUCAUCCUAGAUGUUAACAAAAUGAACCACUUCAUUAUCAUCCUCAACAAGGAUGGAAUGCUCUACCUACUCUCCGACGAUGUCUACCUAUCCAGCAUAUAUCUCUACAAUAGCACAGCGCAGAUAUAUAAUUUGCAGAACUCAGACCUCUGCCAUGUCACUGUUGACACGAUAGACUAUGACAACAAGAAGAAACUCCGCUUGAAAUCUUACAGAGUUCAUAUCGAUAUACUACCCAAAAACCCCACCCUCAAAUUUGUCCUGUACUUUUUCUACAACUAUAUAUGCAAAAAGAUUGCCACUCAGUUUUUUACCCUCUGCGUUUAUGAGUGUAGGAGGGGGCAGCAGAACAAGGGCAUUUUCCACUUUAUCAACAUUGACAUAUACUUUUUGGGUCACCACGAUUUGGGGUACUCCCCGAGCAGCAUCAAUGCUAAAAAGGAAAACGAGAAAAGCGCAAACGGGUUAAACGGGCAGGGGCGAAGGCUAAACGUGUGGAGUUCCAAUUCGCAGGUCGGACACACCCAGACAGAGAAAUGCCCCCCCCCAAUGGCGAAGAACACCUGGGUAAAGAACCAAACGGAGAAGUACGAAAUGUUCAACAGAAACUUCUUCGAAGUGGACAAUCUGUCCCACGUCGAGUUCAGCCGAUUUGUGUACCUCUUCAUGCUUAUCUGCGUAGAAGACUUAAAAAUGUACAGAAAAAUGGAAAAAUAUUUGUACCUUAAAAAAGGGCAGAAUCUCAUACCGACAGAGGAGUACAUCGAAUCGAAAUUUAACUGCUUCAGGUUUGGAGAAGCGGAAGAAAGUUCAAACAGCGAGGAGGAUCAUGUGUCUUCUUCUAAUUCCUAUGCCAGUGAUGAUAAGGUGGAGAAAAUCACACAUGGAAGGCUCCUCCCACGUGGUAGCAAAAUGAAUAAAGACGUGAACAUCCCCUCCAACAGCUACUACGCCGUGAUUAACAAUUUUAUUACCUACCUACAUGACAAGUACAAGCAUAUUUACCGCAACAAGUAUCUCCUUUUAGCCUAUCUACACUCCUACUGUGACGAAAUCAGCAUGAGCGAGUUGGUGGAACAAAAGAUUAAAGACGAUAUUGUAUUUUUAAUUCUUGUCCUGUCAUACACGUUGAAGCUGUACAACUUUUUGUUUCACUACUUUAACAAGUUGAGUUCAUGGCGGAAAAGAUACCUGCUCCCCUUCUAUCAGUAUGUGUGUAGAAGGUACUACAAGGAAGAAUUGCUAAAAUGGUGUACAUACGGUGUAGCACGUGAGAGGUUCCCCCUAACGGUAAGCAGAAGCGAUGGAUGCUCUCUCAAAAUGAAGCAAACGGGGGACCCCAUUUGUGGAAAGACACAACGAGUUCAUUCCCCCCUCAGUAGAAAUACAGUCAUAGAGUUAGAACAAAACCACCAAUUUGACAAGUACGCAUUUUUAAACAACUACCUAAAGGGAAAAUUCAUCAGACUGAGUAGAAUCCCAAACACACUGGAACUCCUCAGCCAAAUUGCCAAUUGCUGCUAUGCAGAGGAGGGGCAUAGCCACCUGAACCAUUUUCUAAAUGCUACCUUCUUUCUUCAACAUAAUGAGAGCAACACAAAGAAGCUGAAGCUCAAAUAUGAAUGUUACCUGAAAGAGGUGGAGCAACUUUUCAGGGUAAUCAUGGAGGAAGAGCAAAAUAGGAAAAGUAGAAGAAGUAGGAAGAAGAAUAUUAAGAAAGGGAGGUAUAGCCAAAGUAGAACGACCCUUAUAGAAACAAACGAGAGUCACAUAAAAGACUGCUACGCAAACUUCCAGUCCUUCAAAUCGCUCAUCCUUCUUGACAACAAAAUGAAAUUUCUGUACUAUUUUUCCCCGCUAUAUUUUCCGCUGAGGAAUUUGAUAAUUGCCUCCCAUUUGAGUCUACUCUAUGGACAAAAUUUGAAAAAAAAAAUAAUUCAAGAUAACUUUCUCAGGAAUGUUGUUAAGAACGAGUUGGACGUAAUUUAUGUGCCCGCUUUUCCAGUGAAUUUUAUGAAAAGCGCAGAAGAGUCCCAAGGUAGAGGAAACAGCUGUGUGCAUAAUUCUCCCCGGGGUGAAGUCGCCAAGGAGGAGGCAACUUAUGGAAGGCAGUCCACAUAUAGGAGGAAACACAAUCAUCGUAAAGUAGCAGUCGUUCCAUCCAAACAGGGCAAAAAAACACUCCGUAAUGGAAAUUCCCUUGAGAGACCUCACAACAGUAAUAGUACGUGCAACUGCCCAUCCUCACAGCACUCGAAGGAGAAGCAACAAAGCAGUAAUCCCCUCUUUUUUUACCAAAAGCAGAUUCACUUUCAUACGUCCAACAUAAAACACUUCGAUUCGCUAAAUAUAGACGACAUGAAUCUGGUUAACAUACUACUCAAGUGCGUCUUUUACGAAAAUUUAUAUGCCCUGAACAGGUACUCCUAUAUGUUGUAUAUCCACCUGCACAGUAGUAACAGUUCUAACCAUGUAUUGCACAGUGGUUUGACGGGAAGACAUGUCCUCAGAGACGCGCUAUUGUUAGAUGGGCACAAGGUUAGCAAAAAAGGGGAAGUUUUACAGAAAUGCGCGAAAGGUGCACUCAUUCCAAGUAAAGAUCGCCUCCCCAUGGAAAUGAUAAAACUCUUCGACUGCUACGAGAUGUUCAAUUUUAAGAAUGCCAAUUUUUACAUCUGCAUAAACAGGGAGGACCUCUACUUCAACAAAUGCUUCGACUCCGCAAAUACAAAAGUGAAGAAAAAUUUUUACCAAGUUUUAGACAUUUUGAAUAGAAGUUUCCACAGCGCGCUCCUGAACGAUGGUCCCCUCCAUCGGUAUGGAAAGCACGACUCACGCAGUGAGGAGAAACGGAAGAGGGCCCAGAGAGAAAACCAAGCGAAUAACAGCUACGAUAAAAAGAACCUGAUUGUGCAGAAGAGCUACCUAAGCGAGUACAAAAUAUUGAAAGAUUGCUGCUUUUUCUUCGAUACAUUUAAAAUGGACCGAAAUAUCUCUUCGUGUUAUUUUCCGCACAACAAAGAUCCCGUGCUCGUCUACCUGAAUAAUUUCCACAACUAUUACUUCUCCAAGUAUUACAAGAAGAGGAAGAUACAGCUGUUGAAGGAUAAGGAGGGAGACGUUGAGGAGUAUGACGAUGAGGAGGAAGGAGGUGCACAAAAUAAGGACCUAAUCGACUUGAUAGACCUGGAAAACUCCUCAGACAGUUUAGAAAGCGCAUAUAUUCACAAACACAAGUACAACAGGAAGAAUGUAAAUAAGCAUUUAAAAAAAAUCAUCAAACUGGUAAAUUUAGACAAAUUAGAAGAGAAAAAAAUACUUAUCGACACCAAAAUUAACGGAAAUAUUGACAAGGUUUUAGAUUUAAUGCACCUUUAUUAUACCCUAGAAAAAUUCUACAAAAUGAAAUAUAUCUGUAUGUUUAACAUUAGCGAAAUUAAUUUUUUCGAUAUUAUCAAUUCGAUUCAUUACAAGCCGGAUAUCAAUUUUAACAUAAAGUAUGAUUUGUAUGUAUAUUUAUUUGAGUACAGACAGAACCAAAGUCGCCUUAGCAAUAUAUCCAUUCCGCCAACUGAUAGCUUUUCCCUUAAUGUACCAUCUCGUGGUUAUAGUAGGGAUCCAGUGGAUGGCUCCAAUAGGCGUCCCAGCGGGACCCUUUACAACUACGCCAAUUCGUUGAAUGAAAAUGGAUUUCCUGUGAAUGGGGAGGUCAACAAUGGGGCAAAUCGUGCAGAUACGAACUUAACCAAUCAGGUGACGGAGAUGAAUCCAAACAAUGCGGUUAGUGCACCCCACCCCGUUGCUCCCCACAGCGCCUCUAACCCAGCCGGUGAAUCCCCAAGGAACAACGCCCCCGGAGCGGGAUACCCAAAUGGCGCUCCCCCCGCCAGCAUGCCCCGUAGGAACAGCAACGUCCUAAUAAGGGACAACUCCGAAAAUGAAAUUCAAAAUAUUCACCUAAGCAAUGCUGCUUCUUAUCACUACACACGAUUUGAAAACAACCAGAACAACAUUAACAGAACCUUUGGGAGCAACAUGCGGUUUAACACAGACACCUUCAAUGAACCAUCCGAGGUCACCAUGCUGAACAGGAGAAUACGGGAAUUCAACAGCUACUGGCAUAUGCGCACUAAUGAGUUAAGGACAAGUCAUAAUUUAAAUUACCGAAGUUUGCUUAACACCUCGAGGAGCAUGCAGCGUGAAGGCAACAACUCGGGGAACCGCUUCAGCUACAACCGAAAUAGGACACCGGAAAGGAACACAGGGAAUGUGGUUUAUAGAAAUUAUGGGAAUCACUUAAAUGUGCUACCUCUGAACAGUAGAGUUGGUAACUAUCGAGACGUGGGUAGAGCCAACUCGUACAAUGUAAGUCGGAAUGUGUCAGCCAGCAUGGAGGAGAGCCCUCCAAUCAGUCAGUUUCAAAACAGCCCUGUGCAUAGCCACCGAAUGAAUGGCAACCAGAACCCUCACAACGACAGCUCCGUGCACCUCGCAAGGGAACGCUCCUUUCUUCCCUUUAUUCCCACGCACAGCAACAGCGCAAACCUAACAGAUAAGCUACACAAUUUGAAAUACUCCUUAAAAAAAAAAAAAAAAAACACAUUAACAAAAUCAAACUAA